CACAUCUCCUCUUGGAACCUGUGCAGCGCGGACGUCGGUUCCUUUCCGGCCGGUGACGUGUUGAUUGCAGGAGGCAGUCGCACGGAGUUAUAAGACCGGACGAUGCCCGGGUGGAGCCGUGGGGAAUAUUUUGAAAUCGCAAAGUCAUUGCGAUGCUCUGCCAUCGAUUGGGAAAAAAGGGAUACGGAGGAAAGCUGCCGGGAGAAAAUCACAAAGGGACGGACGGCCGUAUGUGUCCCGGAGGAGAGGACAUUCCAUCUCACACAGGCUGCACCCUGCUUCUAACAGCCCAGGCACCUUAUGAAGUGAUGCUGCUGGAAGAGGCGAGGGGUACCUAAACUUCCCGACACAGACUGAGGGACGUCGGGCAGAAGAAGGCCUGAAGCUCGUGAGGUUAAUGCAGAAAAGGGACGCUAGAGCAUUUUCUUUCUUUUUUUUUUUUUCUCUCGCUUUACAAGCGUAUAAAGACUGGGAAAGGAUUGGCCAAUAAACUCAAAGGUCUGACAACUGAUGAGGUAGACUACUUCCCAAUGUCCUUACAACCCUGUUGACUUGUGCGCUGCUUUGUGGUUGAACCACUUGUGGCGGACUGGACUUGGUUGAUAUGAAGAAACUUUCUUGUUCACUGGAAAUGAAGAAUAAUUGACUCCUUUACCGGUUGACUACUGUGGCUUAAAAUUAUUUUCCCGAAGGGAGGGUUUGAUUUUGUUUAGCCAUCCUGUCUCUAAAAUAUCAACCAUCCAUCUGGGUCCCUCAUGGUUCAGUCUCAACCCUCAAGAUGCAACAAACGCUGAUUGGUUGUCGCCCUUGACCUUGGAGAGAAAAAAUAAAUCGUUGAAAGCUUUGAAAAUGAUGAUGUCCUCUCCGGUGGGACCAGAGGGCAUCCCUUUAGCUCAGCCCAAUCCCGUCCCAACGCUGACGAUCCUGCCACCGUCUUCGGGCACAGAGUCCUGGUCUCGCUCCCCGAGCCCCCGAGCGCCACGCUCCAGCCGCCACGGUCGCUCCCACCGCAGCCGGACCCGCGGCAAGAAGCGCAACGAGGACGAGCCGCGCUGCGCUCCCAAGCGGCCGUGGGGGAAAGCGCCUCAAAUCGUAGUGGAGGAGACAGCGGGUCAGGGUACCGUCCAAUGUCGGACCCCGUCGCCCUCCCCCUCUGUGGCCAGUCAGGUGGAAGGGGAGGAGCACGGUCAGGAACACCCCUCACUGGACCUCCUGUUGCCACCGCCGCGCUCCUGGUCUCGCAGUCCCUCUCCCAGCCGGCGCUCCCGGUGGUCCUUCAGGAGCCUGCUCAGCAGAGACUCCGACUGGGAGAGCUGCAGUACGGCCAGUAACUCUCCACGCAGCACCCCCGGCAGCUCCCCCUCCCUGCGGCGCAGGGUCCUCGGGGGUAGCAGGGAGGAGGGGGGAGGAGGAGGAGGAGAGAAGAGCAGCGCAGGAGGAGCAGGAGGAGGAGGAGGAGGAGGAGGUUCAGAUAGCCCCCUGCCCUCCAUACCCUCUGCCUCCUCCCUCACCUCCGCCUACCCGCUUGCGUCUCGCCACUUCAGCCGUAAUGCCAAGAAAAUGCAGAGCUGGUACAAUGUUCUCAGUCCCACGUACAAACAACGGAACGAAGAUUUUCGUAAACUCUUCAAGAAGCUUCCUGACACCGAGCGUCUUAUAGUGGACUACUCCUGCGCCCUGCAGAAGGACAUACUGCUUCAGGGCCGCCUCUAUCUGUCGGAGAAUUGGCUCUGUUUCUACAGCAACAUCUUCCGCUGGGAAACCACUAUCACUAUCCUGCUGAAAGACGUGACCUCUAUGACCAAGGAGAAGACUGCCAAGCUCAUCCCCAACGCCAUCCAGAUCAGCACUGACAACGAGAAGCACUUCUUCACAUCUUUCGGAGCAAGGGAUCGCAGCUUCAUGAUGAUUUUCCGCCUGUGGCAGAACGCCCUGUUGGACAAGUCUCUCUCCCCCAAAGAGCUCUGGCACAUUGUGCACCAGUGUUACGGCACCGAACUGGGCCUCACCAGUGAGGACGACGACUACGUCUCCCCCACCACCGAGCACAUGAACGGCCUACUGCCGGGAGACGAUUCCGUGUCGGUCACGGAUCUGCUCGACCUGAGCUCCGUGUCGGUUACCUCCUUGGGCAGCUCCCUCCCUCCCCUGUUGGCCUGCGGUCUCGCCAGCCACCCCUCGGCUACUCACCUCGGGGGCUCCUCGCCCCCUUCCUCCGCCUCAUGCCUGCCCAUAGAGGUGCCUUCGUCGUCGGGACGCAGACUCAGCUCCGAUCCCCUCGAGCCCAGCCCGCCCAGCUCCCACAGCUCGCUGCCUUCCACCACUCCCACCGACAUGUCGGCCUCUGCUGCCGCCGCCUCCUUCACUCUGGAAGAGGGAGGAGACAGCCUGUCCGAGUCGGCCAACUGCAUGCCGCCCCCGACGACCACCAGUCUGGGAAACCUCUCCUCAUUGGACGUGACCAUCGACGAGGAGCUGCCCACGGACCCCAGCAACUCCUCCGACACGCAGGAAGAGAGUGAAGUGGAGUCGUUCUGCGCCGACCUGAGCGGGCGGUUGCACAUCAACAACGCGCUCCGCAUGAGUGUGGACAAGCUGCACGACCUGCUCUUCUCCGCUGACACAAACUUCAUCCAGCACCUCUUCUCCCAGAGGCACUUUACUGACCUAUCGGUGGGCGAGUGGGAGCCGGACAGCAGCAGCGGGACCACCAGCCGGGUGCUUAGCUACACCAUCGCCCUCAACAACCCCCUCGGCCCCAAGACCGCCCCCGUGGUGGAGACCCAGACGUUACAUAAAAGCAGCGCCCGGGGCGAGUGCUUCGUGGUGGACUCUGAGGUCAUCACCUCCGGCAUCCCCUACCAGGACUACUUCUACACUGUCCACAGAUACAACCUCACCUCCAUCAGCAAGCACAAGAGCCGGCUCAGAGUUUCCUCAGACAUCUGCUACCGGAAGCAGCCGUGGAGCCUGGUGAAAGCACUGAUCGAAAAGAACACCUGGAGCGGCAUUGAGGAGUACUACAGACACAUGGAGAGCGAGGUGUGCAAGCUGGAGACGCUGCUGCAGACGGAGGUCACCGUGGUGACCACGGGCGACGGGGUGGGCGCCGACGCCGCCAAGACGCCGCCCGCCCUGCGGCGACGCAAGCGCGGCUGCUCCCGGCGGCAGGGCGAGAAGGAGAGGGAGGGAGGGGGCCUGGGCUCCGGAGACCGAGGGGACAGAGGAGUCGGGGAGGAGAGGGACCGGAGGGAAACUAGUGCUCAGUACAUUAAACUGGGCGAGCGCUCUCGAGGAGGAACCCAUAGUAUAUCCACCAUCCUCCUCAUCGUCAGCUUCAUGAUCUGUAUCAGUCUGGUGGUGCUGGUUGCUCUCAACAUGCUGCUCUUCUACAAGCUGUACGCUCUGGAGAGAGCGGCCCACACACUGGAGACGUGGCACUCCUAUUCCGUCGCCGACAGUCCUUUGCCCCAGACGGCUGGAGAGUGGGCUCAGGUCCUGCAGCUGCAGAAGCAGUUUCACCAGGCGCAGCUCAACAAAUGGCAACAGAUCCUGCAGUCCUCUGUCACUCUUCUCGACCAGAUGAAGCAGUCUUUGGAAAAGCUCCACCAGGGCAUCGUGGUCACGGAGGCGCAACAGGAUCCCCCUGACGAUAACGAUGAUCAGACCCUGUCAGAAUCUGCAACUGAGGCCUGAGCCCCCCCCCCCCCCCCCCCACACAACCCACC